CAUUUCCGUUGUCAUAAUAAAUUUAGAGAGUGAUUACAUCACAUUUACAUUUUUAUUUCAACUUCAAUGUUUUAAUCGAGAAAGACCUUAGCUAAUAGCUACUACUUUUAGCGGUUAUGGUCGGAUUCGUAGUAUGUGUAACGUCAAAUAUUAUUAUUAAUUAGUGAAACAUUUCCGAUUUAUUUACUGUUUGGGAUUCUUUUUCUCUUAUGUACUACGAAAUAGAUUAUUCUAUUUGUCUAUUACACAUGCUUGAAAUGCCUAUCGUCACAUGAUUCUUGGUUGUAGAGAAUCCAAGAUUUUGAUGAUCAUAAUGCGAAGUUAAAAAUCUGAAAGCCUAAGUUACAAAAAAAAACAUGGGUUAAAAUGUCUCUUAUAUAAAUGAUUAUUUUGCACGCAAAAAAUAAUUAUCAUAUGACAAAAGAAGUGUUACUUUGAUGAAUCCAUGUAAAGCAUAGAUGAUAGAAUAUGCCUUCUUCAUAUAUCAAAAGCUUGGGUGGUGGUACCUUGACUCAUAUUUAUAGAAGCCAAGCUCUUGAUUCCAUUUUGAAAUAUCAAUGGAUCAAAAUGGUAACAACAUAAAGAAUGUCUACAACUCCAAGACUUUGAACAAGAAAGUUGUAUCAGAAAAUAGUACAAAGAACAAACAUUUUCUUUUUUCUAAUAUGUUUAUUACAAUAUCUUUUUUUUUCUAAACGAAAAGAUAACGAGAGAACGAUACUUACCACUCACUGAGGAUGUGGUUGCUUUGGCCUUUUCUUGGUUUGGCUGAUGAUUCCUCCACCACCACCAACCCAUGGCUCUAUUCUUUUUAAAUUCACAUUUUUAAUUCAAUUAUAAAUCUUUUUAAACCCUAAAAAGUCCCUUUUGCCACUGAAACCGAUAUUUUUAAUUGAUUUAUUACCAAUUCAUCAGUUCAAAGCAACAACAACACUACAAAGUAGUAGGAUCAGGAAUCUCAGGAAGCUCCAGGGACAAAACAAAGUCUCAACCUUUAGGAUGAGAGGUGGGAGUCUAUGGCAGCUAGGGCAAUCCAUAACCCGUCGCCUUGCUCAAUCCGACAAGAAACCUCUGUCACGCCGCUGCUUUGCCUCUGAAGCCGACCUCAAAAAGACAGCCCUUUACGACUUCCACGUCGCCCACGGUGGAAAGAUGGUUCCUUUCGCUGGCUGGAGCAUGCCGAUUCAGUACAAAGACUCCAUCAUCGACUCGACCGUUAACUGCAGAGUCAACGGGAGUUUGUUUGACGUUGCACAUAUGUGUGGUUUGAGCCUCAAGGGCAAAGACUGUGUUCCUUUCCUGGAGACGCUCGUGGUUGCUGACGUGGCUGGUUUGGCUCCUGGGACCGGGAGCUUGACGGUGUUCACGAACGAGAAAGGAGGUGCUAUUGAUGACUCGGUGAUUACCAAAGUGACUGAUGAGCAUAUCUAUUUGGUGGUGAAUGCUGGUUGUAGGGAUAAGGAUUUGGCUCAUAUUGAAGAGCACAUGAAGGCUUUUAAAUCCAAAGGAGGUGAUGUCUCGUGGCAUAUACAUGAUGAGAGAUCUCUUCUCGCUCUUCAGGGUCCUUUGGCUGCACCGGUGCUUCAACAUUUGACUAAAGAAGACUUGAGCAAGCUUUACUUUGGACAGUUCCAGAUUCUGGACAUUAAUGGUUCCACUUGCUUCCUUACCAGGACCGGGUAUACAGGGGAAGAUGGGUUUGAGAUCUCGGUUCCAUCCGAGCAUGCAGUUGAUUUAGCCAAAGCAAUCUUGGAGAAAUCCGAGGGAAAAGUAAGACUCACAGGUCUAGGAGCAAGAGACAGUCUCAGGCUAGAAGCAGGUCUUUGUCUCUACGGCAACGACAUGGAGCAACACAUUUCUCCUGUCGAAGCUGGGCUCACAUGGGCCAUAGGGAAACGUAGAAGAGCCGAAGGAGGGUUUCUUGGAGCUGAUGUGAUCCUCAAACAGCUUCAAGAUGGACCAACGAUCAGAAGAGUUGGAUUCUUCUCUUCGGGGCCACCAGCGAGGUCGCAUAGCGAGGUGCAUGAUGAGAGUGGUAACAAGAUUGGGGAGAUCACGAGUGGUGGGUUUAGUCCCAACUUGAAGAAGAACAUAGCUAUGGGGUAUGUUAAGUCGGGUCAGCACAAGAACGGGACCAAAGUGAAGAUUUUGGUCCGUGGGAAACCUUAUGAAGGUAACAUCACUAAGAUGCCGUUCGUGGCUACCAAAUACUACAAGCCGUCAUGAUGUGGGUGUCUUCUUUGUCUAUGACAUUGUCUCUUGCUUUCGUUAAAUGACUUCUGUUUUCUUUGUUACGAUUUGGCAUGAAAGUGUACGUUCUUUUUGCCAAGAGGGUAUUUGCUUAUUUCACUGUUAUUGAAAUAAAAUUUUAACACA